AUGCAGCCAGACCAUCCACGUGACCUUUCACUAGCCACACCAGCCUCAACUGGUCCGUGCGCAAGCUGCCAGAAAAUUUCCACCUGGAAAAAAAGUGUGAAAAUCUUAAGUCUCAAGCCAUCACCAAACCCAUUCGACGCGGAAUCAUUCCCAAUUGCGGCACCGGCAGGGAACGACAAGAUGUCGCACAUCGACUACGCUCUAUACGAAUCGCCUGUGGGCUAUGCCCUCUUCAAGGUGGUGCAUCAGCAGGAUGCCGUGGGCCUGAAAUUGAAGGAGACUCAGGCCGCCACCAACGACCUCGCCAAGUUCGGCAAGAUGGUCAAGCUGGCCAACUUCAGCCCUUUCAGGGGUCACGUCGAGGCUCUUGAGAACAUUAACCUCGUCACUGAGGGUAUCGUCUCGGACUACCUCAAGUCUGUCCUCGAACUCAACCUCCCCCAGACCAGCGGCAAGAAGACUAAGGUCGUCCUUGGUGUCUCCGAGAAGAACCUUGCUGGCGCGAUCAAGAGCCUCUUCCCCGGCCUCGAGUGCGAGACCGCCGAUACCUCUGACAUCGUCGGCGACGUUAUUCGCGGUAUCCGACUCCACGCCGACAAGCUUCUAGGCGGACUCAAGUACGGCGAUGUUGAGAAGGCCGGUCUGGGUAUGGGCCACGCCUACUCCCGUGCCAAGGUCAAGUUCAGCGUCACCCGCAACGACAACCACAUCAUCCAGGCUAGCGCGACCAUCGACUUCCAGGACAAGGGCGUCAACCAGUUCUUCAUGCGCGUUCGCGAGUGGUACGGAUGGCACUUCCCUGAGCUGAUCAAGAUUGUCUCCGACAACUACACCUACUGCAAGCUUGUUCUGGCCAUUGGCGACAAGAAGAGCUUGAACGAUGACAAGCUCCACGACAUUGCCGCCCUCGUUGGCGAGGACGGUGAGAAGGCCCAGGCCAUCAUUGACGCCGCCAAGGUCUCCAUGGGUCUCGACAUCUCUGCUGCUGAUCUCGAGAUUGUCCACGGCUUCGCUGAGGCUGUCGUCAAGCAGGCCGACAACCGCAAGUCCACCUCCGCCUACCUCGAGAAGAAGAUGUCCGACAUCGCCCCCAACCUGCAGACCCUCAUUGGCACUCCCGUUGCCGCCCGCCUCAUCUCUCACGCUGGUUCUCUGACCAACCUCUCCAAGUACCCUGCCUCUACUCUCCAGAUUCUCGGUGCCGAGAAGGCUCUUUUCCGUGCUCUCAAGACCAAGAGCAACACCCCCAAGUACGGUCUCAUCUACCACAGCAGCUUCAUUGGCAAGGCUGGUCCCAAGAACAAGGGUCGCAUCUCUCGAUACCUCGCCAACAAGUGCAGUAUGGCCAGUCGUAUCGACAACUUCUCCGAGGAGCCCUCAACCCGCUUCGGUGAGGCUCUCAAGCAGCAGGUCGAGGACCGAUUAGAGUUCUACGCCACUGGCAAGAAGCCCGCCAAGAACACCGAUGUCAUGAAGGGUGUUAUGGACCUCCUUGACGACGGUGACAAUGCUGGCUCCGACGAGGAGAUGGCUGACGCUCCUGAGCCCGAGACCAAGAAGUCCAAGAAAGACAAGAAGGAGAAGAAGGAAAAGAAAGAGAAGAAGGACAAGAAGGAGAAGCGCAAGAGGGACGAGGAGGAUGCCGAGCCCGUAAAGGAAGAUGGCGAGAAGAAAAAGAAGAAGAAGAGAAAGUCUAAGGCUGCGGAUGACGAGUAGAGCUCUUCCUAUUGUUUGAGAGCGUCUGGUUUAUGCUGUCUUCUGGACAGAGCGUUCCAGGAACACGGAUAAUGGGAGAUGCAUCUUCAGUCAUGAUAGACGUUGCGCAAGGGCAAGUCGGAAUCUCGUUCAACGACUCCCGCCCCAGCAAGAACCUCCUCGCGCGGAGUCUCACGACUCGCUCCCAACAGAAGACGCCAUUCCCGAACAGGGCGGCGAAAAGGCGAUGGGAUGGUGGCGAGAGACUUUUGCGUCCAGGGCCCUUGCGCAACUGUUUGAGGAGUUUUUGUAGGAUCUUGAUCUCUGGCUUAUGGCUAUUGGGCGUUUGAGGGCAUUUGGCUUUGAUUGUAAAAGACUGUUUUUCACUACGAGGGAAAACUCAUACCCUUUGUUUACAAAAACAUGCAAAUUCACUGAAGA